AUUCCGUGCAUUUUGGUCGAAAUCUACCCUAAAAGUGUUUUAACAUAAGUGUCCAAUAUGAGUUCCAAAAAUUCUGCACUUGCAUCACUAACCGCUACCUAUACAGAUUCGGAAAAUGAAGAUGAUCGUCGCUCAGACGAUGAUUCACCUCAAUCCGAAGGAGGAAGUUCCGUGUCACAGAUACGUUCUCGCCAGCAAACACCUUUGCGAGAAAUGUCCGAGAGCUCUGGCACACCCGUCACGCAGAGCAACACCGUGAGCCUUCCAUUCAAAUCCGCAGAACCUAGUGGUGCUAGCGACAAUGGAACACCCGGACCACCGCGUAAGAAAGCACUCCGCCUCGUUAGCUAUAUCGACGAUACGAUAGUGGAUACGGACGACGAAAACAACUCGCCGGCACACAGCGAUCAGGAGGAGGUCGUCCAAUCUGAACACGAACCAGAACCACAUCGUAGCCCUUCGCCGGAAAAGGUCGAUCGAGCGAAACUGUACGGUUUCAGUUUGCCACCCGAACCAAAGGGCAAGUGCUCGCAGGAACUGCAGGAUAAGAUAGCCGCCCUCUAUGAACGGAUGAAAAACUCCAACAUGGACACAAACCGCAUCAUUCAGGAGCGCAAAGAAUUCCGCAAUCCCAGCAUCUACGAAAAAUUGAUACACUUCUGCGAUAUAAACGAGCUGGGCACGAACUAUGCGCCGGAAAUAUUUGAUCCCUUCCAAUGGGGCAAGGAGUCGUACUAUGAGGAGCUUGCGAAAGCACAAAAGACCGAGAUGGAAAAGGUGGAAAAGGCACGCAAGGAAGCGACGAAAACGGAAAUACAAACUGGCGUCAAGCGUGCCGAUCCGGACGAGUCGAAAAAGCGAAAGUCCAAAUGGGACCAACCGGGUGUGUUGGGUGCGGCACCGGGUAUGCUGGGAGCGGCAGCAGCCGUUGCCAUGGCCAAUGCGUUGAAACCGGCCGGAAUUAUACAGCAGACGCUCACAACGACGGCUACCGGUACGAAGGGGACCGUUAUAUCGGCGUUCGGAUCACUACCAAAGAAGCCCAAGGUGUAGUGGGGAGCAUUACGGAUAUUACAACAUAUAAGACAAAUAAAUAUAAUUUAAAGAUGUAUUAACUUUGCGAAGGAAAAUGUUUUUACCGUAAAUAAUAACACUUUUUAUAAUUAAAACAGUUCUUUAUUCGAUUCAGUUGCAUAAAAUCAAUUACAGUCAUAUGGAAGAAGUCUUACGCUAAAACACAAAUUGGUCGAUCGUUUUAAAUAAUAAAAAAACGACGAAAAACAAAACAUAAUCUGCACUUUCGUUCGUGCUCCGAGCUAGUCCUGUACACAGCCCGGACGCUUACGAAUGUCGAAAUGAUGAGCAACUUCAGGCAUUUUUCCUAAACUUAUGAACCUACAGGAAACAACUCUAGUUUACUCCUGUCUUUCACCUCUCCAUUAAAUUAACUUGCAUGUCUUAGCGACAACGGGAACUAAGCAGUAGUUGGGAAUGUUUAAACUAUAUACUAAUUGCAUAUCUUAACCAGUAAUAAAGGACUGUUCGCUUGCAAUAAUAUUAUCAACAAUGGGCAUGCGAUAAACAAAGACGCAAGGGA